AAAGUCACCUAGUACCACUAUGGCUUCAUCCUGUUUCUGGGAUCUGGGCUGAUCUAUUGCUGAGGGAAGGUCUCUUCCCAUUUACCUUGAAUCUGAUCCUCAUGCUUCUUUGGACAUCACUAUUGAUUCUUGUAUCUGUCAAUGGACAAGAAGCUGCUUUAAAGAAAGUUGUGGUGAUACCAAAUCCUCCAUGGACCCCUAUUUUCAAGGGGGAGAAGGUGACUCUGACCUGCAGUGGAUUCCAUUUUCAAGAUCCAGGGAAAUUGUGGUGGUUCCUUGAGCAUCAAUGGCAAAAAAAGUCAAACCCUCUUGAGGUUGAAAAGGCUGGAGAAUACAGAUGCCAUUUGGAGGGCCUCUCCCCUAGUGAUCCUGUGUACCUUGUCCUUUCUACUGAUACACUGAUUCUUCAAACUCCAUACUCUGUUUUUGAAGGAGACACAUUGCUCCUGAGAUGCCAUGGGAAGGCUAUAUCACUUAAAGACAUUUUAUACUAUAAAGACAAAAAGUCCUUUUCUUAUGUCGGAGAAAAUUCAGUGCUCUCAAUCCCUCAUGCAAAUUCAAAUCAUAGUGGUCAAUACUAUUGCAAGGCCAAGUUGGGGAAUAGAUGGUAUCCAGACACUUCAAAAGAAGUAAAGCUCCAAGUCCAAGAACUGUUUCCACCCCCUGAGCUGAAAACCACAACCUCCGAGCCCAGCGAGGGAACUUCAGUGACCCUGAGCUGUGAGACCCAGCUUCCUCCACAGAGGUCAGGCACAGAGCUGCACUUCUCCUUCAUCAGAGAUGGCAGGGUCAUCACAUCAGGCUGGAAUAAGUCCCAGGUGCUCCACAUCCCAAACAUCUGGAGGGAAGACUCAGGAUCAUACUGGUGUAAGGCAAAAGCAGUGGCUCAAAAUAUCAGGAAACAGAGCAACCCUGUGAAGAUCAGUGUGAAAAGAAUCCCCAUUUCUGGCAUCCACAUAGAGACCCAGCCCUCUGGAGGGCAGGUGACUGAAGGAGAGAAGCUGGUCCUCAUCUGCUCAGUAUCUCAGGGCACAGGGAACAUCACAUUCUCCUGGCACAGAGAGGGCAUUAAUACAAGUCUGGGAGAGAAGACUCGACUUUCUCUGGAGGAGAAGUUUGUGCUCUCUGCUAUGAAUAAGAGUGAUGCUGGGAAGUAUUACUGUACUGCUGACAACAGCAUCAGCACCAUCAGCAGUCUGUUGGCAAAUGUCACUGUGAGAAGUAGAAGUCUCUCUUCUCAAUUCAACUCAACUGAAAAGAUUGGUGAUUUGGCCUUUGGACUGAUUGUGACCCAGUUCAUUGUGGUUGUCCUCUCUGCUUCUGCACUUCUAUUUUUCUUUGGACCUUGGAGUAAGCCAGGUACUCCUUGGAGACAUUGCGGGUUCAAUUCUAGACCACCUCAAUGAAGUAUAUAUUACAAUAGAGUCACAAAAAUUGUU